AUGGUAACAGGUACAACUAUUGAUUUCGAGCAUGUACCAGUCCAAUCUAGGCCACCUGCCAUACAAACAUUCUCAGACCCUGAGGUACAAAUCACUGAGACUGAGCUCAGUAAACUCCUAAGCAAAGGGGUAAUUAAAAAAGUUGAACGUGAGAAAUGUGAUUUUCUUUCGCCCAUAUUCCUCAAGGCAAAGAAAGAUGGCUCAUACCGCCUAAUUUUGAAUCUCAAAGCUUUGAAUAAAAAUAUCACUUAUCAGCAUUUUAAAAUGGACACACUUUUGUCAGUAGUCAAACUUAUGAGACCAAAUUGCUUUAUGGCCACCAUCGACCUCAAAGAUGCAUAUUAUUCAGUACCUGUGUCUGAAAAACAUCAGAAAUUUCUCAAAUUCCACUGGAAAGGAACCUACUACAAGUUUACCUGCUUUCCUAAUGGGCUAUGUUUCUGUCCUAGGAAAUUUACAAAGCUUAUUAAGCCAAUUCACUCUUCGCUUAGAUUGCAAGGUCAUCUCUUUGCUGGUUAUAUUGAUGACAAUUACAACCAAGGGGACACUUACCAGGAAUGCUUGACUACUGUGCUUGAAACAGUAAAACUGGUAACCGAGUUAGGGUUUUGUGUGCACCCUGAGAAAUCAUGCCUUAUACCAUCUCAAGAAAUAAUUUUUCUUGGGAAUGUUUUAAACUCUGUCACCAUGACUAUUACACUAACCGAUGAGAAAAAACAGAAAAUUGUGAAGGCAUGUAAGGCACUGCAGAGACAGCAAAAUCACACUAUCCGGGAGGUUUCUAAGGUGAUAGGGCUCAUGGUGUCUAGUUUUUCAGCAGUUAUGUAUGGACCAUUAUACUAUAGACAACUAGAGCGGGAUAAAUCUCUAGCUGUUAAAGACCAUAAGGGAAACUAUGAUGCACCAAUGGCUCUAUCACCUGUGGCCAGAAUAGAAUUACAAUGGUGGGUAGACAAUAUUGACAAAGCAUUCAAUGUCAUCAACCAUGAACCCCCAUCAAUUACAAUCAAUACAGAUGCAUCAAAAAUUGGAUGGGGUGGUGUAUUGGAUGGUACAACUUGUGGGGGACAUUGGUCACCCCAAGAAUCAGAAGAGCAUAUUAAUUGCCUUGAAUUAAGGGCUGCUCUUUUUUCAAUCCAAUCACUAACACCUGACAGGAGCAAUACCCACAUUAGAUUGAAGAUUGACAACACGACAGCAGUGGCUGCUAUUAACCAUAUGGGCACUAGCCACUCAAUACAAUGUAACAAUGUAGCUUUAGAUAUUUGGCAGUGGUGCAUCAGUAAACAAAUCUGGGUCUCAGCGGAACAUAUUCCGGGCAAAUAUAACAUAGUAGCUGAUAAAGAGUCAAGGGAAAUAAGCACCAGCAAUGAGUGGAUGUUGAACCCCACACUCUUACAUCAAGCACUUGACAAAUUACAAGUUAACCCAGAUAUAGACAUGUUUGCAUCUAGAUUAAAUGCUCAAUUUCCCAGAUAUAUCGCAUAUAGACCAGACCCAGGAGCACAAUCUAUUGAUGCAUUUUCUGCUCAGUGGAACACUUUCCAAGGUUACUAUUUUCCUCCUUUCAGUGUCAUUUCAAAAGUUCUUCAGAAACUGGAGCAGGACAAGGCAACAGGAGUAAUAGUAAUCCCCAAAUGGCCCACCCAGAUGUGGUAUUCCAUGGCAAUGAGGAUGCUGAUCAGCUGUCCAGUUCUUCUACAGCACAGUGCCAGACUGUUAUUGCUACCAAGCCACCCACAAGAAACACACCCCUUACACAAGAAACUGGAUCUGCUAGUAUGUCACUUGUCAGGGGACAGUUGCAAACAAGUGGACUUUCAACAACAGCUUCAGACAUUUUCAUGUGUGCCUGGCGGGAUGGAACUAAAAAACAAUACCAAACCUACCUUACACAGUGGGAAAACUACUGCAACUCCAAAGGGAUUAGUCCAGUUUCAGCUACUGUAA